AUGAGACCAAAUAUCGGGCCAAAGAGGGCUUGGGAAAUGAAGGAAUUUGGGGAGCCCGCGGGAGUUACAGUCACUGCCAUUUCUAGUACAAUCACUGCCAUUGCUAGUACAAUAGCUGCUAUUUCUAGUACAAUCACUGCUAUUGCUAGUACAAUCACUGCUAAUGCUAGUACAAUAGCUGCUAUUUCUAGUACAAUCACUGCUAUUGCUAGUACAAUCACUGCUAAUGCUAGUACAAUAGCUGCUAUUUCUAGUACAAUCAUUGCUAUUGCUAGUACAAUCACUGCUAAUGCUAGUACAAUAGCUGCUAUUUCUAGUACAAUCACUGCUAUUGCUAGUACAAUCACCGCUAAUGCUAGUACAAUAGCUGAUAUUUCUAGUACAAUCACCGCCAUUGCUAGUACAAUCACUGCUAUUGAUUGUAUAAUCAUUGCUGUGACUAGAACAAUCACCGCUAUUGCUAGUACAAUCACUGUUGUUGCAAGUAUAAUCGCUGCUGUUGCUAGUACAGUCACUGCUAUUGCUAGUACAAUAAUUGCUUUUUCUAGUACAAUCACUGCUAUUGCUGGUACAAUCAUUCAACCCUCAACCUUAUAA